UCGACCCAUUCUCGAAAGUUCCGGAAGCCACUAGAAGGAAAGUUUGUAUAUAUGGACUGCACAGCUUACGCGACACUUUAGUACGUAAAGAGAGGUGUUAAAUGUUGUUUCAUCCAAUCUGUCAGAAACAAACAUUUCAUCAGACUGCUUAACGUUUUUUCAGAAAUCUCAGUGAAUUUAGUGCCAAUUGGAUUUUCUAAUUUAUUAAGCGAUAACAAGAACAGCAACGAUCUGUGACCAAUGGGGAAAGAUUACUACAAAAUAUUAGGCAUAAGCAAAAUUGCCAGUGACGAUGAGAUCAAAAAAGCCUACAGAAAGUUAGCUUUAAAGUAUCAUCCUGAUAAAAACAGGAGUGCUGGGGCAGAGGAGAAGUUCAAGGAAAUAGCUGAAGCUUAUGAAGUACUUUCUGAUGCUAAAAAGAGGGAAGUAUAUGACAAGUUUGGAGAGGAAGGAUUAAAGGGAGGAGCUGGAACAGCAGGAGGAGGUGGUGGUGGCACGACAUAUACUUUCCAUGGAGAUCCAAAAGCAACGUUCGCUCAAUUCUUUGGUUCUGCUAGUCCUUUCCAAACAUUUUUUGAAUUUGGAGGUCCUAUAGGCAAUCGGGUUUUCACUUUCCACGAUGAUGAUAUGGACAUAGACGAUCCACUUGGACUAGGAGUUGGACCACAACGUCAAGGUCAAGGUGGAGCUUUUAGGUCACAUUCUUUCAACUUUGUGGGAUCUAAUUCUGGCAGAGGAGGCAAUAAAGAUCGCGCCCAAGACCCUGCUAUCGAGCAUGAUCUGUAUAUCAGUUUAGAAGAGAUUCUACGUGGUUGUACAAAGAAAAUGAAAAUCUCCAAACGAGUUGUUCAGCCAGAUGGCUCUACCAAAAAGGAAGACAAGGUUCUCACAAUUAAUGUAAAACCUGGAUGGAAAGCUGGCACUAAGAUAACGUUCCAAAAAGAAGGCGACCAAGGCCGUGGAAAAGUUCCAGCAGAUAUUGUUUUCAUCAUCAGAGAUAAACCACAUCCUCUUUUUAGAAGGGAGGGAAGUGAUAUACGAUAUACUUGCAAACUAAGUCUGAAACAAGCUUUAUGCGGUACUAUCAUUGAAGUUCCUACGCUUACUGGCGAAAAAAUCAACUUGAAUUUGACAAGAGAAAUUGUAAAACCCAAUAUGGUCAGGAGGAUUCAAGGUCAUGGCCUACCAUUCCCAAAGGAACCAUCAAGGAAAGGUGAUCUCCUGGUCUCGUUCGACAUCAAAUUUCCCGACACAUUAACACAAAGUGCGAGGGACAUAUUGUACGAUACUCUACCGAAUUGAACACAGAAUUAAGAAGAAAAAAAAAAAAGCAUGGAUAAUUGUCAUCACAACGACAGUCCUCUAAUCGUCCCAAUUGACGAGAAUAAACACUCGUGUACGUUCUAGUACAUAAAUGCGUGGUUAGAGAGCUGUGAACAAAUAUUUGUUGACGCGAUGCAUAUAAUAAUUUUAUCUUCUAGCUAGGAAAAUGUGGUUUUCGAUUAGUCAAAUGUAAAUCAGAUUUUUGAUUUGGGUUUAGGCAAAUUUAUGUUUGUUAUAAUUCGAAAGAGUAAAACAAAUGACCAUUGCUUUCGUAGCGCAAUGAAACUUAUUUUGCCUUUACAUGCGGGAAGAAAGAUCCUAAAAUAUUGAAUAAGACCGAAUAUGUUUACGUUAAGUUAUAUGAUUUAACAGUGCGAGUCCGUUAGAAUGCAAUUCUGUAUGAAUGUGACUUGCUUAAUUUUGUUUAUUCUGUACAUUCAGAGUAUGUAUUAUGUAUUACGGUGAAUGAAUGUGUGUUUGCGUAUGCGUAUAUGAUUUGUAAGUACUCUUUAAUAUAAAUGCGUAUAGCGCGCCUGAUUUGUAUGAACGGUAAAUCUGCGGAAGUAUGACAAAUUGAGCCACCAUCAUUGUGUUCCAAUCGUCUUAUUUCGCCUUUUGUUCUCUUAUUCCAUCAUUCAUAUACAUAUUGUAAUUCGGUUUUUUCCAAUUUUCAAUGAAUUACAAGUACGUACAUAGGUACGUAAGUAUAUAGUAGAACAAAUUAAAUUUGUAUAUUCAAACAACAAAUUGUACCUUGCUCAUUAAUUUCCUUUAAUUUCACAGUGACUGGAUGGAGAUUUUUGUCAUAUAAAAGCACAUGUAUGUAUAAACAACUAUUUGUAAUAUCGGGCUGAUUGUUUUCUUAUGUAACGCGUUUUAUUAAUUUUAAUGGUUGGUUAAUUAUUUGUACGCUAAAAUAAUAUCGAUACAAUUAAGUGACA